UGUGCCCACCAGGGGGCUCCCGCCGUAGUCCAGAUCGGGGACGCUGCUCCCUUCUCUGUCGCCGCUCGCCGUUCCCAACCAGCUAGGCGGAGUUUCCUGAGGCAGCCGCCGCUGCACAUCCGGAUUAAUCGUGAGUGGCCGCCGCCGCUGCUGCUCCUGCUGCUCCCCGCAACAGAGAGCCCCCCUCGCCGCAAACUUGCUGGAGCCGAGCCGCAGGCGGAUCGCAGAUCUCUGGAGAGCCUCUGAGAAGACACUUGUUACGCCAUGGAGCCCUGGGUGUACCUGGAUCCACGCCAGAGGGCCCUCUAUCGGGAUGUCAUGCAAGAAAGCUACGAGACCCUGAUGUCCAUUGCUGCUGACAAAUUGCUGAACAGCAGUAACAAUGAUGAUGAGGAGGAGGAAGAGGAGGAGGAGGAGGAUGAAGAGGAGGAUGAAGGUCCUGAUGAGCUGCGGCCGGGUACAUCCCAAAGCAUCCCCAGGCUGGUCAAGCCUUUGGUGCGCAGGCCCACUCCCAAGCUGCAGAAGAUUCCCCAGGUGAUGGUGAUGAAGCAGGACAAAGCCACCCAGCGUGGCCAGGCCCUGAAGAAGAGCCUGGAGAGCCGUUGUUCGGAUUGCACGAAGAGCCUGAAUACUUCCAGCAAGGGCCGCCAGAAGAAUGAGGCCAACGCCGCUCGGGAGAAACCUUUCCAGUGUACCGACUGCGGAAAAAGCUUCAUCUGGAGCUCGCACCUGGAGCGCCACCGGAGGAUGCACACCGGGGAGAAGCCCUUCAAAUGCCUCAACUGCGGGGAAGCCUACAGCCAGAACUUCCACCUCCUGCAGCACAGCUGCUUGCAGCUGAUCGAGAAGCCCUUCAAGUGCCCAGAAUGUGGGAAGCGGUUUGCUCAGAGCUCUGCCUUGGAGAACCACCGGAAGGGCCACACGGCAGAGAAACCCCACAAAUGCACCGACUGUGGGAAGUGUUUCAUCUGGGCUUCGCACCUGGAGAGACACCGCCGGGUCCACACCGGAGAGCGGCCUUUCAAGUGCCCCGAGUGUGGGGAGACCUACAGCCAGAGUGCGCACCUGGCCAAGCACCGGCGCAACCACAUGGGAGAGCGGCCUUACAACUGCCCAGCCUGUUGGAGGAGCUACGCUCAUAUCUCCGAGCUUGAGGAACACAAGAAGACCCAUCUGGGCUGCGAAGACUGCGGGAAGGUUUUCCGUAGCCGGCAGACCCUGAUGCGGCACCAACGAGGCCACCGCCGCGAGCGCACCCACCUCUGCGAGGAGUGCGGGAAAGGCUUUGUGUGGGCCUCCCACCUGGAACGCCACCGCCGGGUGCACACCGGGGAGCGCCCUUUCCCCUGCCCCACCUGUGGGGAGAAGUUUGCUCAGAAGGUCCAUCUCCUCCAACACAACAAGACUCACUCUCACGCCCGGCCCUACAAGUGCGGGGACUGCGACAAGCGUUUUGGAGACAGCUCUGCGUUCUUGGCCCACCAGCGGGGCCAUGCCAUGGAGAAGAACCACAAGUGCCAGUACUGUGGGAAAAGCUUUGCUUGGAGCUCCCACCUCGAGAGGCAUCUGAGAAUCCACACCGGAGAGAAGCCCUACAAAUGCCCUGACUGCCCCGAGCACUUUAGCCAGACGUCCCAGCUCUUCAAGCAUCAGCGCACCCACCUAGGCAAGAGGCCCUACAAGUGCAGCGAGUGCGGGCGCAGCUUCGGCACCACCCUGGAGCUCAUCAUCCACCAGCGGACCCACAUGGGGGGCAAGCCCUACCGGUGCUCCAGCUGUGGAAAAGGCUUCACCCGCCGGGCCAACCUGCUGAAGCAUCAACGGUGUCAUGUCAAGGAGAGCCCAUAAGGGGCUUCUGGCCAGGCCAAGGGCAUGAGGGAAUGUCUCAUCCUGUACUAAACGUUCUAGAAUCCAUCCAAGUGAAGCCCUUCCUGUAUGUUCUGAUUAGAGGGGAAGCUCCAGUGCUUAUCCAGCAAUCCCUGCAACAGUACCAGAGAUUCUGCACACGGUUGAGGAAUCUUUCAGAAAACACCCAGUAUGAAUGAAGAUAUCAUAGAAAUGCCUUGAUGGUGAGGUGUGGCUGACACCAGACUUUGAAAGAAGACCUAUCAAGUUAAAAAGAGAAAAAAGAAGAAAAGAAUUAGUGACCAUGUACUUUGGGAAUUUGAUCCUGAUUUAGUAUCUAGAGAAUUCAUACAGAUCGCUUAUUUACAUUGGUUUGGCGCUGUGUACAUAUAAAUAUAUCCUAAUUUUGGGGGAAAAGCUUUACUGACUAUUCAUCCCUGUAUUACACAUCAGAAAUCUUGCCUGAGAUAGACCAACUACCCCGCUUUUUAUAAUUUUGAACUCUGAAUAAUAAAGCUUUAACCAAUGCCGAGGACUGACCUCCAGACCUUAAAUGCCUGACUGAGGUGGACUCAGAUUUUGCUAGACACUAGGAAAUAAGAUGAAAUUUGUGAGCCUCUUGAACAUGGAGGAAAAGCUUUAUUGAUGUAUUCAACUUGAAGAAUCUAAACAUCAGAGGUCCCAUUUAAAAAAGAAACAAAAUACCCUGUCCAGAGCUGAACAAUUGCCUUUAGUGAGUCCUACAUUUUAUGCUGGUGCUUUAGUAUCAGACUGUCUAGAGACAUGGAUGUCCAGCAUCAAACCACAGCAUUAGCUAAUAGACUGUGUGGCUUAAUCAGCAACUGGUACAUGGAUGAGAAGCUCCAAUUACGUUCUCCUUGUUCUUGGUAUCCCAGCUGCUCCAUUUUUGCUUCCCAAGAAGGUUUGGAGGAGAGGGCACCCGCACCCCCCAAACCCAGAGAGUUCCUCUCCACAAAAUAAGAAAAGCCGAGCAUGGAGACACUCAGACCUUCUCUAGAAACUGGGAGAAGGGAAUGUUGGGCUUUUUCAGCUACAGUUCAGCUGGAUGAUCUGUUUGAGGUGCUCAUAUCCUUUUGUGUUUUUGUUGGUUUGGUCACAGGCAUUAAUGUAUAGGGGAGAUCUGCUUUCUGAGGAAAGGGAGGUGCAGUUGGAGAAAGCUUCCUGGGGUUAUGGAAAAGGAUGUGUCAAGAAGCCACGUAAUUGAGGGGUAGAGAACCAUAGAAGUUUCCGCUUUGGGUAUGGUAGCUCUUAAAGAACCUGCUGGGGUAGCAUAUGGUGAUGGAGAGGGUAUGGAAUGUAAAGAAUAUGCCAAGCUCCCAGGGUUCCAUUCUUGGGUGUUUGGGGGAGCUGACAUUGGAUUUUAGGUAACAGCUUCUGUUCAGAAUACUGGAAGGGUUAGGAGCUCAGAUUACUGGGAAUCUGGGAGUUUUGCUUGUGCUGUAAAGGUAAGGAGGAGGAUGUUCCUGCAGAAAGGGGAAAAAAAGACAGACAUAGCUGGUAAAGUAGAAGCUGAAUGGAGGCUGCAGAUUUGGGAGGGGCAAAGAUGCAGCGUUUGCGUCUGAUCUGAAAGGCAGGGUAGCAAUAUAGUAGAAGCAGAGCAAAAGCCUAUGGAUAAGGGAAGGAGGAAAUGUCUUGCAGGGCAAAGUUAAGCUGUGGGAUUCACUCCUUUAAGGCAACAUGGUGGGGGUUUGUGGCAGGGAAGUGGUCUCACUGAAACCUUCGUGCAGCUCCAUAGUGGGGUGGGGAGAUCUUUCUUGCGAGGACAGGCAAGUUAUUACUACUGAUUUGAGACUGCUGAGGCCUAGAGCCACGGAACAUGCUCUGCUUCAGAGAGGGAAACAGGCCUCGGGUUCCAGAACGGAAUUGCUUCCAAGUUCUAAUUGGGCAGUGGGGUGUGUGUGGUGGGAUUCCUUCGUGCACAAGGCUGAAUGGGGGAUGUGAGACAUUCAAGGGUGAGGGUGGGGUUGGCGAUUGCUUCUGUUGCUGAAAUUGAGAACUUGGUGGCUGCACCCCUCCUUCUCUCACCUGCUUGCUCUUCUCCUAACACCUACCUCAGAAUCCUGUUGAGGAUGACCGAUUCAGCACAUCGGAUCACUUCCUUCCCACUCCUCCCACCAAUGCCCCCAUGCCAGAGAGACUGCCCCCCAGAGGAAUGGAAUUUAGCCUUGCCCCGCUUGGGAGAGACCCUGAUGCUGCUGCAAACGUAGCUGUAAUGCUGCAUGCAAGGAGCGGAAUUUCACACUGCCCCUCUUGCCACAGCCAAUCAGUGGACUGCUGAAGAUGGAUGAGACUGAUCCUAGGAUCUCCUAAUGCGGGGCGGGGGGGGGACGGGGACCCUUUGCUUCUAUUACUGUAUCCCAAUUGUCUUGUCUUAUUGGCCUGUAGUUCCUAACCAGCCCCUUCUGCUGUUCAGCCCUUUCCCCUGCAGACGUUAACUUACUUGAUUGCUUUGGUUUUUUUUGUUUUCUGUUUUGCUACAAUGUGCUUCAAUUUGUUUUCCUCCCCCUCCUUUUGUUCUUAUCAAAAGCAAAUGUCUUUUUGUUUAGGGUCCCCUCCUCUGACCCACUUAUAGAAGAAAAGUUUCUACGCUCUGAUUUCUUUGUUGUUAAUUAGGAGUAAUAAAGUAAAAAAGAAAUGUG